CGGUGCGCGGCGGGGCGGGGGCGCGCACGGCGGGCGCGGGGGCGCGCACGCCGUUGCCAAGCGGCGAGUUCCGGCCGCCGUAGCUCAAGAGAAGAGGAAGGAGGAACAUAAUAAAAUGUCACCUGAAGUGGCCUUGAACAGAAUUUCUCCAGCACUUUCGCCCUUCAUUUCCAGUGUGGUCAGGAAUGGAAAAGUAGGACUAGAUGCUACUAAUUGUUUACGGAUUACAGACUUGAAGUCUGGCUGUACAUCCUUGACCCCUGGACCCAGCUGUGAUCGUUUUAAACUACAUAUCCCUUAUGCAGGAGAAACACUCAAAUGGGAUAUCAUUUUUAAUGCUCACUAUCCUGACCUGCCACCAGAUUUUAUCUUUGGAGAGGAUGCUGAGUUUUUGCCAGAUCCUUCUGCCUUGCAUAAUUUAGCUUCCUGGAAUCCUUCAAACCCUGAAUGCCUCCUGCUUGUUGUGAAAGAGCUUGUGCAGCAGUAUCAUCAAUUUCAGUGCAGCCGAUUACGGGAGAGUUCUCGUCUCAUGUUUGAGUAUCAGACUUUACUUGAAGAGCCCCAGUAUGGAGAAAACAUGGAAAUCUAUGCUGGCAAAAAAAACAACUGGACUGGCGAAUUCUCAGCUCGCUUCCUCUUGAAGUUGCCUGUCGAUUUCAGCAAUAUUCCUACAUACCUUCUUAAGGAUGUGAAUGAAGACCCCGGAGAAGAUGUUGCACUCCUCUCCGUUAGUUUUGAGGACGCAGAAGCUACUCAGGUUUUUCCUAAGCUGUACCUCUCCCCACGUAUUGAACAUGCACUUGGAGGAUCAUCUGCCCUUCACAUCCCAGCCUUUCCUGGUGGAGGUUGUCUCAUCGACUAUGUACCCCAAGUAUGCCAGCUGCUAACAAACAAGGUACAAUACGUUAUUCAGGGAUACCAUAAGAGAAGAGAGUACAUUGCAGCUUUCCUGAGUCACUUUGGAACUGGUGUGGUGGAAUAUGAUGCAGAAGGAUUCACAAAGCUUACUCUGUUGCUGAUGUGGAAAGAUUUUUGCUUCCUUGUUCACAUUGACCUACCCCUCUACUUUCCUCGAGACCAACCAACCCUAACAUUUCAGUCUGUCUACCACUUCACUAACAGUGGCCAGCUGUACUCCCAGGCCCAGAAGAAUUACCCAUACAGCCCCCGAUGGGAUGGCAAUGAAAUGGCCAAGAGAGCAAAGACAUAUUUCAAGACAUUUGUCCCUCAGUUCCAGGAGGCAGCAUUUGCUAAUGGGAAGCUUUAGACAGCUUUGGGCAUGGAAACUAUUCUGGACAGAUCCUUCAGUCUGCACAUGUCAGCCCAGAAGAAGGAUGCCUGGAAAUGGGUUGGACUGUCUUGAUAAGCGCUUUCUUGCCUCUGAACUGGUUUUGGUAGCUUCAGUUUUUGAAACAAAGACCUCAUUAGCAUGCUUAGAACUGAAUAUUUGAUAUUAGUCCUGCCCCUUUGCCUCUGCCACCACCAUUCCUUUAUAUAUCUGUUGGAUUAAACUUAAAAAGGUGUGUAUUGAUAAAAUUACACUUUCUUGUGCCAACAAUGUCCUGUAUGUUAUGCCUUGUUUCCUUGUCUUUAGAUGGUCUAAAUUGGACUGCUCUUCCCCAUGGAAAUAUUAUGUAAUGUGUACAUUUAGUUAACAUUUUCAGCUUAUCCUAAGGAAACACAAAACUGCCGUAUGUACCAGGAAUGCCUAAUGGACUGUACAGUGCCAUAUUCUGCCUCGGAGCUUUGUGUCUCACUGUGGUUACUCUCACAGGUAGGGAUGUGAGUUGCACCCUUCAAUUCUCAGUGCCUUUCCAGUUGGUCUGAAGUUAAUAUGGCAAGGUGUUUGAGGUUUGGUGGUUUUUCUAAUACUUCUGUUGAAAGUUCAUUUUAUGUGAAGUGUUAGGUUUUUGCUUUAUUUCCAGUUGUACAAUUUUGGUGUUUUCCUAAUGAGUGCCCCUUGCCAUUACAAAAUGUUCUAUUUCUUUAGCACCAACAUGCAAGUAACUAGUUAUAUAAACCAGUAUAACAAAAUAAAGCUCUUUCACAGGCCUGUAAUUUUUCCAAAUAAGAUAAAUACUGCUACGAAGCAAACUUUGAACAAAGGAAUGAAUGAUGUCUUGGAAAAUAGCUGAUGAAAUAAUGUAGGACUACAGAUAUUUAGCUUAAUGCUUAAGUUCACCAUAUCUUCUCAGAAAAUAUUUUUACGUGUAUAUAACUGGAAACAUUACCUCCCCUAAUUCUGAAAUGCCAAAUGCAUAAUCCUGCCUAUUCAUCCUUUCUUUCCUGCUUGUGUCAGGCGCUCCAGUUGGGACUAAUGGUCACAAUGUCACUUCCCCAAUUAAUUUGUGAAUAGACCGAGGUACUUUCCAGUAAGGAAUAAAAUUAACAGAGUAUGUUCUUCUAAAUGGUAUCUGGAAAAUAUGCCCUACUUCUGCUAAAUACAAGGAACUAAAUGAAUAGUGUGCAGAUGAUACAGUGGAACUGGAAAACAUUUUAUUUUAAAUUAUGCACUACGGCAUCACAUGCAAGGAAGUCUCGUCAAGCUACUUGAUUGGCAGUAUUCUCCUACCCUUCCUACAACUUGUUAUUUUGCAUGAAAAGUAGUGCUUUUCAGGGUUUAUAUUCACCUAGGAAAUACGGAUGGGUUUUGCGUCGUGAAGCUUAAUAAUUAAGAAUUAUGCAAAUAAUUCGCCUCUAGAAACGGCAAGUAUUUUUAGCUAGUUUGUGAGCAAAAUUUAAUUUAUGUUUAAUACUGAAGUUCUUGGCUGAAAAUUAAGCUGCAAACAAAAUCUGUAUUGUAAGAAUAAAUAAAAGAAUAAGAAGUUUUAUUGUAA